AUGAAGGUUUUUACAGCGUUAGCUCUCUUGAUGGCAGCUAUUUCGUUAACCACCGAUGCAGCACCCGCCUCGAAACCAUCCGUAGUCAAACUUGAUUUGAAGAAAUAUGAGUUUCCCACUUAUUUUACUUGGCUCCAAAAGUCACAAUUCAGUAAAAAUCAUGCACUAUUGAAGUAUUCGAAUAAUAUUCGAUCAGCAUAUAGUCAAGGUUUAGUUGGUCAAGAAGCCAUCGUAAAAUUAGAAGCAGCAUCCACUCCAGUAUUUGGUGCUUCCUCCCCGAAAACUUUCAUUAUUAAUAAUAAAGCUAAUAGUGCUAGCGAUAAUAGCAAUGACGAUCCAGUUGGCAAAGAUAGAAAAAAGAAACACGGAAAAAACAACAAUCCCGACAAUAGUCAGCCCGAUAAUUCCAGCAAUCAACCUGACAAUACACCCAAAGGCGUUGUCGAAGAUCCUCUUACAGAUGAGGGAUUUGACAUUGGAUAUCACGGCCCAGUUGAAAUAGGAGGACAAACAUUUGAUGUAAUUUUCGAUACUGGUUCAGCUGAUCUUUGGGUGCCAUCGCAAGAUUGUACUGAUGACGCUUGCAAAGCUCACAAAUCUUAUGAUCCAAAAAAGAGCAAGGGAUUCAAAACUAAUAAUAAGCCAUUUGAAAUUAAAUAUGGUACUGGUCAAGUUUCUGGAAUUAUUGCA